GCUUGACACCAGAUCCGGGCCAGACCUGUCUGCUAUGUUGGGGGUAGUUGACCUGGCUAUUAGUUUUGGUCAGGCAGAGAUAAAGAGUAUCAUAAGGAAAUAAAUGAAGAAAAGAUGGCAAAAACAGUGGGAGGAAGAAAAACAGUGGGAGGAAGAAAGGAGGGGACAGUGGUUGUAUAAAAUUCAAAGGAGUGUAGGAGAAAUGAGAACCACAGAAAGGAGUAGGAGAGAGGAGGUGGUCAUAACAAGAAUGAGAUUUGGACAUACUGGUUUGAACACUACACUAUUCAUGAUAGGGAAACAUAACAGAGUGAAAUGUGACUACUGUGGAGAAGAGGAAACUAUAGAACAUGUUAUAUUGCACUGUCAGAAGUAUCAGGUGGAGAGAAGACAAUUGAUCCAAAACCUCAAUAAUAUAAAAAUGAAACUGAGUCUUAUCGAUUUAUUGCAAAAGGAAUAUGGAAGUAAAAGUUAUCAGUUAUCAGGUUUUCAGUUUUUAAAAGACGGAAAAUUGUUUGGAAGGAUUUGAAGGCUUUUUGUUUUGUUGUUUUUGAGCGAUAUUCCAGUUCACACUCCAUACCAGUUGGUGGCGCUAAUACACCAUUCAGUUGUUUGCAAACCGCCAAUACAAAUUUAAAAGGAAAAAGAAGAAUAUUUCCGUGUUUUUAUUCAGCUGGAAGACUUUGAACUGUUUAGUACAUGUGAGGCCAAAAAAGUUCUCUUUACCGACGUCGAAAUUAGGUGGACUGUUUUAGUGAGUUAAGGCGAUUUAUUGACAUUAUCAUCCCGGAAAUGGCGCAGCGAGAAAAUCAGGUGAACCGAGACAAACUCUGCUGCUCGAUCUGUUUGGAUCUCCUGAAGGAUCCGGUGACUAUCCCCUGUGGACACAGCUACUGUAUGAACUGUAUUAAAAGCUACUGGGAUGAAGAGGAUCAGAAGGAAACCCACAGCUGUCCUCAGUGCAGACAGACCUUCACACCGAGGCCUGCGCUGGUGAGAAACACCGUGAUAGCAGAUUUAGUGGAGGAAACAAAGAAGACUGGACUCCAAGCUGCUAAAGCUGAUCUCUGUCAUGCUGAACAUGAAGAUGUGAGCUGUGAUGUCUGCACUGAGACAAAGCUGAAAGCUGUCAAGUCCUGUCUGCAGUGUCUGGUCUCUUACUGUGAGCAGCACCUCCAGCCUCAUUAUGAAGUAGCAGCAUUAAAGAAACACAAGCUGGUGGACCCCUCCCAGAAGCUCCAGGAGAUCAUCUGCUCUCGCCACAAUGAGGUGAUGAAGAUCUUCUGCCACACUGAUCAGCAGUGUAUCUGUUAUCUGUGCUCCAUGGAUGAACAUAAAGGCCACGACACAGUUUCAACUGCAGCAGAGAUGAGCGAGAAGCAGAGAGAGCUCAAAGAGAGACAGCAGAACAUCGAGAGGAAAAUUAAAGAGAAAGAGAAAAGCUUGAAGGUCCUGCAGCAGGAGAUCUCUGAGCUGAGGAGGAGAAAAGCUGAGCUGGAGCAGCUCUCUCACACAGGGGACCCCACCCAGUUUCUACACAACUACACCUUGCUGUCACGUCUGAGUGAAGCUCCAGACUCAGCGAGCAUCAAUAUUCAUCCUGAGAGUGAGACAGCAGUCACAGGGAAACUUCAGGGCAUUCACAGUGAAGGAUGGACUGUAGCCUCUCUGAGAGGAACUGAAGGGGAUGUUUUACUGUCACAGACAGAGCCCACGACCAGAGAUGAAUUCUUAAAAUAUAAAUGUCAAAUCACUUUUGACAGAAAAACUGCACACAACUACAUCAGUAUUGAGGGUGUAAUAGCAGAAUUUUACCCUCUUAAUCAGACCUAUCUGUUUUCGGCUCACCCAGACAGAUUCACUGACUGGUUUCAAGUGUUGUGUAGAGAAAGUCUGACAGGACGUUGUUACUGGGAGGUGCAGUGGAAUGGAGGGGAGGAAAUUUUUAUAGCAGUAGCUCGCAAAGAUAUAAGCAGAUCAGGAAGAGAGAGUGCUUUUGGAAAUGAUGACAAGUCAUGGGUGUUACAGUGUUUCUGUGGUGGUUAUGAAUUCAGACAUAACAACAUCAGAACUCCAGUCUCGGGUCCUUGGUCAUCCAGAAUUGGAAUUUACCUGGAUUAUGAUGCAGGUAUUCUGUCCUUCUACAGCGUCUCUGAAACAUCUCAAAACAUGACUCUCCUCCACAGAGUCAAGACCAGAUUCAGUCGACCACUCUGUCCUGGAUUUGGUUUAUACUCUCGUUAUACAACUGUUGAAAUCCAUAAAGACUUACAAGAAGACACUGAAGAUCUAAACUUGUAAACCCUUUCCCAACUUUAAUACACCAGUAUACACAAUCCUGUCACUUUGUUGGUCACACACAGCGAGAGCCACCACUUUGGCCUGGUAGGCCUUUAACCUCCUUAACCUGACAAAAAUCAAAGACUAACUGAUUACCAUGCAAUGUGAACAGGCAUUUCCUCACCUCAAUGCAUGGUUUUUACACCAGACCCCUUUAUUGUUAAAUUUAAAGAAAUGGAAAUGCUAAGAUGGUAGAUGCAUAGUGAUGUAAGUUGAUACUGUGCUAAUUUAUUGAAUCCUUUCACUAACAUGAUUGCACUGUGAUUUGGUUUGGCCCUUAAUUAUAUUUUUUUGUUCUUAUUUGAAUAUAUCUAAAAAAAAUAUUCAUUAGUCAUCCAUCCAUUAAUAUGUCUGUAAAUCUGGUAAAUCAGCAUUGUCAUAUUAAACCUGCAUCCCAUGUUUAAACGUGCACACCACAUCAGAUGUUCUGGGGGCCAGUGCAUCCAACUUCAGUGUCCUUUUUUUUUUUUUUUUCGUAAGUUAAAAUGUCUUUUCAGAGCCUAAUCUGUGACUCACUACAAAUGUAAAAGCUCUGCAGGCAUUUUGUGGAAUAUGAGGAAAGCAGAGAUAAGUAAAAGGAUUGGAGACUCCCAAGGCCAUAUGGGCACUAUAUGUCGAUCUUGUUUUGUCCUGUGUUAUAUUUUGUCUCGCAGGAGCUAAUUGGAUGCUAAUUAGCUGCACGAGCUUGGUGUUCUUAUGAGCUCCCUCUUUCCUGCAGUCCUUACUUGGGCUCCCAGACUACUGUUCAGCUACUGCACAUACACUGCCACUCAUCCAUACAUACAUAACACUGCUGACUUGCUUUUAAACGUGUGCUGUUUUAAUUUAAUUAUAUCUUUGCAAAUAAAUGUUGUUUUUGUUGCAACCUCUUCUUGGGCUUUGACAAAGGCUGCAAUAAAGACUUCUAACCCUGUGAAAAUA